AUGCGUUCCUUCUGCCAGGUUGCCGUCAUGGCACUUCCCUUGUUCAGCGCGAUUGCAGCUGCGGAGCCCAAGGAUGUUGUAGACCACCCAAAGACCAUCUAUGCAACCGCACAGGAAGCUUUCCAGGACUUGCUGAAUGCGCUGCCGGAAGAAUCCCUGCAUGCAGCACUAAGUAAUCUUAAGGACUUCAAGAAUGGCAUCUUCGAGUCGCACCACCGGGGAGUCGAGAACAUCCACAGCAGCAAUCCAGCGCUUGCUUCCAAGCUUAUCGUCGAUGCUGUCAAUGAUUUGCGCAAGAGGCAGACGCCUUCAAACGGCACCAAUAGCGCCACUACCGCUAGCAAUCCACCCGAGUCAAUCCAGAACUCCACUCCGGUACCCACAACGAGCGAUAACUUACAGCCUCCUGAAACCAGCUCUGCUGCGCCACCACCACCGCCCGGAACAAGUGACGGCCCUGCCAAUACUACCACAACCGCCGUUUCAACCACAACUCAGCAGCGACCCGCCAUUAUUCCUGUCGAAAACACGGUAACCAAGGAUGGCAAGACAAUUGUGCAGACCACUGAGGUCCUUAGUGAAGCCACCGCCUCCGUCGCCGUGACUGUUGUGCGCACCAACACAGCAGGCAGCACAGUAACAGAGACCGAGAACCGACCUGCCGUCGUCAAGACAACCACAGACCGAGCCGGCCGUACAACCGUCACCACUUCGGCAGUCAACUUUGCGCCAACAGCAGGCGAAGUAACAUCGACGACUAACUCUCGCGGCUCUGUUGUUCUGACUACGAUCACACCUGGAGGCAGUCUGGUCAGCAGCAUCAAACUGAUUACCACAACUGAUGCACAGGGUCGUCAGAGCACAAUGACGACGUAUGCCUUUGUCGACCCAGUGCAAGCUACUGGCGCUGCCAAUAGCCCCAAUGCCCCCGGUAACGAUAAGCCUUCGCUGCAAACCGGAGCUGCUGUCGCCAAUGGAGCCCAAUAUGCUGCUGUUGGUCUUGGUGCCCUGGCCUUUUUCUUCUAA